CGCAGGCGCACUAGGCUCGUGACGUCAGGAGUGAAUUUUUUGGCCUGGGGGAUUUUCCCGUGUUCUUGUGUGACGACUAGAAUUUUUCUCAGGUUACACGCGAAACAACGCCGCUAUUCGCCGCUUUCACGCAUUCCUGGCACUUCUGACGACUCCUGGUAACACUGAAGACGUCAGGGAAGCCGGCGAUCGAAGGAAUUCGGCGGAAUUUUGGAGGAGAGGUGUUUUUUCGGGGGUGGUUUCCCGGGGUCUCCGGUACCUGGCACGGAGCACGGCAUGAUCAUGGCCUCCCGGUCUCCCGGUGGGCAAGCAGCUAAGAGGAAAGGACUGAAGUUGUCGUUUGACCUGAGCCCACAGUCACCUGAACCAGAGGAGGACCCUUUCCACCGUCCUACCAGCACCAGUCCUUACCCUCCUCACCUAUGGGGUCAAAGGUCAAGCCCUCCGACCCCUUCGCAGCGGGGUGGCGUACACGACGGGAAGAGGAAUAUGGAUCGAAACUCAUUAGAGAGAAUCCGAUCAGAAAGCUUGGACAAGUCCGGAAAACUCAAGAUCACUCCAGACAAGAUUUAUGACUUUACGGCGGAUGACCUGGUUGACCAGGGAGAGAUCGGCCGCGGUGCGUUCGGCUCCGUUAACAAGAUGUGCCACGAACAGAGUCAGACAACCAUGGCUGUCAAGAGGAUACGCUCCACAGUAGACGAGCGUGAACAGAAACAGCUGCUGAUGGACCUGGACGUGGUGAUGAGGAGUAACGACUGUACAUACAUCGUACAGUUCUUCGGGGCGCUCUUCAAGGAGGGUGACUGUUGGAUCUGCAUGGAACUCAUGGAUACAUCUUUUGACAAGUUUUACAAGUACAUCUACAGUCUGAACAGAUACAUACCAGAGGACAUUCUGGGUAUGGUCACUGUGGCAACUGUCAAGGCCUUAAACUACUUGAAGACUAGACUGAACAUCAUUCACAGAGAUGUGAAGCCAUCUAACAUCCUACUUGACAGGAAAGGGAACAUCAAAAUGUGUGAUUUUGGAAUCAGCGGCCAGUUGGUCGACUCUAUAGCCAAAACCAGGGACGCUGGCUGCAGACCUUACAUGGCUCCAGAGAGGAUAGACCCCAUGUCUUCAAGACAAGGUUAUGACAUCAGGUCUGAUGUCUGGAGUUUAGGCAUUACACUGAUGGAGCUGGCCACAGGAAAGUUCCCAUACCCGAAGUGGAACAGUGUGUUUGACCAGCUGUCACAGGUAGUGAAGGGCGACCCUCCACAACUCAACCCUAAAGAACACAACUUUUCACCUGACUUCAUCAACUUCGUCAAUAUAUGUUUGACGAAGGACGCCUCCCAGAGACCUAAAUAUAAGGAACUGUUGAAACACAUGUUUAUCCAGAGGUACGAGACCCAGGAUGUUGACGUGGCGUCCUUCGUUCUGGACCACCUGGACCAGAUGCCCCCCCACUUGCCCACCGACCUGACCACCUACUCAUGAGCUCUACACACCACAACAUAGCACCUCGGCAGAACGUACUGCACCUGCGCAGAAACCAUCAUGUGUCGCGUAUAAGCACUGGGCAGAACUUACAGCGUACUGCAUGGUUUUUCAUAGUUGUUGCAGGACUUCAAACGUUGUUACAGUAUCAGAAUUUAGCCCAUUGCAGAAAAUAUCUCUUCAGAUACAACAAUUUUGUGUUGGAAAGGAUGUCGUCUGCAAUGGGCAAAUUUUGAUGCAAGGUUUAGGAAACAUCCAGAAAACCGUGAAAAAGUUUUACACAGACACAGUACGUUCUGCUGAUGUGCCUCACAACAUAGGCUGACAACAGGGUAGAGUAGAGGGUUCUUAGUUUAGGUAAGUAGAGGCUAAUGCAUGGUGUAACUCUGCAGUUUAAGCUGAUGUGCUGACAAUGGUAGAAAAAAAAGUGGUAAUUAUUUUACUUCCAAAAUUCUUCUUAGCAGAUUUGUGAAAACUGAAAUAGGACUUGGAUUUUUAUGGUAUACUUUAAUGUAUAGUUGACUUAAAUGUUUGCAACGACAAAAUUGGGAUUUGAUUUUUUACUAGAAACAGGCCAAAAGAAGUAGCCAAUCAUAAUCAUAUAAUAAACCACAAAUGCAAAUUUUACAAUGUACAUGUUUUUAGGAAAAGAAAUUAGCGUGUCGAUGUAUUAUCAGAUCAAAGGAAGAAGCUAGAAAUGAUUACAUCUUGAUACACACAUGUUGGAAGAGGUUACACUGCACACUAACUCUCAUUGUCAGUCACUUUUCUGCAGAAUCUAUGGACAUAGACUGCUAACCUGCAGGACCCAUUUCAAAAAAAUGAACUACCAAUCGGAGUCCUGUAUUGUGGUCACUACAGAAACUGUGCAAAACAGAAAAGUUUCGGUUAUUAUCCCAACAUUACAGCAACUCAGCUCAAACUCAGACCCAAAUUUCAGUUAACGAAUGACGUUUAUGUAAAUUACUCAUAGUAGACAGACCUGAUUACAAAUUCAUGUAGUUGGCACAAAGCAUCUAGACGAUGGUUCAAUCUUAGAGCUGCUAGGGGGCAAAAUUUAGGCUAUUAUAGGGGGGUGCUUAGAACUAAAAUCAACAUAUGAUAAGUAAGAAAACUAAGGGCAGCUGUUUUUUUACAUGUACUCACUUAUGUGUCUGUUAGACAUGAUUUGAUCGAGUGAUAAACUCCCCUGUGGUAGCAGUGGUGUGAUCUUCUGUAGGGUGCCAUUUGUGAAGGUUUUUAAACGGACUGCACCACUCUUACAGGUUUUAGGGGUGGUGUUUUUCGGCUGGUUUUACAAGGUAGGAAAGGAGGAUGAAAAUGCUAGCUUAG